AUGUCUAGAAUGUGGGCGAUUGACAGCGGUGCAACAUAUCACAUCUGCUAUGACAAGUCCAAGUUCGAAGUUCUGGACGAGCGCAAUGAAGGUGAAGUGUUGGUUGCAGAUGGGAACAAGGCUGCGAUCAACGGUGUCGGGACAAUCAUCGAAAAGGUGACCCUGUCCAACGGUGAAGAGCGCGAAGUCGAGAUCAAGAACGCGCUUUACGUCCCAAGCAUGAACAAAAACUUGCUUUCGAUACCACAAAUCAACAAAAGCGGCAAGUUUCAAGUGGUGUUUGAUGGUGACGAGAUGAAGAUUUCGCACAAAGGCUCCAAGCAAGUAAUAGCGAUGGCCGAUCUUGUGGAUGGCCUCUACUGGCUUCGUACAUCCCAACGAUCGGUGAAUGCAGCCUCAGGACCAGGAGUCGGAAACUUUCAUGCGCGUAUGGGCCACGCACCGGUUCAUGUCUUGUGCAGAAUGGUCUUCAAGGGCAUGAUCAAGGAUGCCAAGAAGCCAGCAAAAUUGAGCGGAUCAAGCGUGUGUCAAGGUUGUCUAGAAGGAAAAAUGGUUCAACGACCGUUCCCAAGCAAUCCAAACAAGCGUCACUACAACCCAUUUAAGCUUCUACACAUCGACACUUUUGGUCCAAUGGAAGUCGACUCGCUAGGUGGAAGCAAGUACUUGCUACUGAUCGUCGAUGAAGGCAGCGGAUGUAUGAAGGGUUUCAGUCUGCGCGCCAAGUCCGACAGCGAAGAGUGCAUCGAGAAGUACAUCAUGGCAGUACAGACGCAGUUUGACUACAAGGUCAAGUUCGUUCGACACGAUGGUGCACGAGAAUUUGCGGCGAAUUCGCUAAAGGCAUUUUACGAUGAUCAAGGAAUCGAGCAGCAAGUUACCGUUCCGUAUGCGCAUCAGACCAACGGCACGGCGGAACGGGCAAUUCGGACUAUUGUGACGAUCGGGCGCAGCAUGCUUCACUACGCCAAGCUGGACAAGUGUUUUUGGGCUGAAGCAGCAAUGACGGAGAUCUAUAUCAAGAAUCGCCUACCAUCGCCCAAGUGCCAAGAUCGAACCCCAUUCGAGAUCGUCAACGGAGUUCGACCAAGUGUGAAGCACAUGCGGGUUUUCGGCUGCCGAACGUUUGUGCUAACCCCUAAGGAAAAAAGAUCGAAAUGGGAUCCAAAGGCUCGUGAAUGA